AUGAAAUAUUUGGAGGACAAUAAGCUACUUUCACGUUAUCAAUACGACUACCGUCGUUUAAGAACGACCGGCUUAGCUGUAACCUUAUUUUUAGAUUACGUCAGAAAAGAAGUCGACAAGGGCAACUUGAUGGGUGUAGUUUUCAUGGAUUUAUCAAAGGCAUUCGACACUAUUGCACAUGGUACUUUACUUGAAAAACUAACAACUUAUAGUAUUAAUAACAACGAACUCAAAUGGUUUACAUCAUAUUUAUUUAAUCGUUCGCAGCAAGUUGUUUUAGAUAAUGUAAAAUCAGAAGUCGAACAGGUUCAUUGUAGUGUUCCACAAGGUGAUAAGUUUUACGUAAUUGAAAAUGUUCUGAACAAUAAACUAACGAACGUUGCACAGUAUCUACAUGACAAAGAUUUAGUAAUUAAUUUAAAGAAAGGAAAAACUGAAUCAAUGUUAAUUGGAACAAGGGAAAGUUAA